UUGUUUUCAAAACCAAAGCAACUUGAUUCCCUGAAAUUAAUAUAACUGUAGCAAUCAAAAUGGUUUGUGAAAAGUGCGAGUCUAAGUUAACAAAAGUCUCUGCGCCAAAUCCUUGGAAAACCAGUAAUGCGACUGCAGGUGGACGGAAAGUAAAUGAAAACAAAGCAUUGUCGUCUGCCAGAGAGCGUUACAGCCCAAUGGGCAAGAGUUUGGCUCCCUGUCGUAUUUGCAGACAGAAAGUGCAUCAAAUGGGAGCCCAUUACUGCCAGGCUUGCGCCUACAAAAAGGCUAUUUGCGCAAUGUGCGGCAAAAAAAUGCUCAAUACAAAGAACUACAAACAAAGCUCAACAUAGCGCAGCUCUAUUGAAAAUAUCAAUAACAAAUGGAUUAAUCUUAAUGUAGAUAUAAAAACACCGUUUUUAAUAUAUA